AUGGUUUCCGGCAAGACCCAGAAGACGAAGACGGGCGGCAAGACGCGCUCUGCGCUCCAGGAUGUCGUGACGCGCGAGUACACGAUCCACCUCCACAAGCACGUACACGGCCGCUCCUUCAAAAGCCGCGCACCCACCGCCGUAAAGGCCGUCGUCACCUUCGCACAGAAGGCGAUGGGCACCUCUGACGUCCGCCUCGACCCCAAGCUCAACCAGGCGCUCUGGGCACGUGGCAUCAAGAACGUCCCCCACCGCAUCCGUGUCAAGCUUGAGCGCAAGCGUAACGACGACGAUGCCGCGGACGAGAAGCUGUACACCUACGCCACCCAUGUCCCGGUCGUGUCCUUCAAGGGCCUCGAGACCACCAUUGUUGACGCCGAGUAA